AUGGAUAAAUAUGAGGCGAGAAGAGCUGAGCUCGACAAGAAGAAACAGAAAUUGGAACAACUCCGUCAAGAACGAGCGAAAGCAAAGAAAGAAAAAGAGCAGAGGGCCCUGGCUGCUGUCGCUGCCGAGGUAGGUGCAUCGGGCGGAAAUGCUUCUGUCGAUGACAUCCUUAACUCGCUGGGAAAAAUUAUUCAUUCCGAACGCGAUUUCCCAGAUGGACCUCUCGGCGUGGCCUCGGGCUCCCAUGGAGGGGUGGAUACGCCGGAUGUUCACUCUCUGGCGUCUUCGGUACAAGCUACGCCCACCAGGAAGGCCAAGAAAUCUCUGGCCCUCCAGGUGGUCACUGUAAAUCAAAGCAAUAUCGCGCCAAAAGAAUGUGUCAUGUACUCGAAGACGACACAGACCAUGGGUGGCGGCGACCGGGAGGACAGAUUUGGCAAUUACGGAGGGAAAAGCCGGAAACCGAGUCAACCCAUCGACUACUACAUGCUGACGCAUUGGGACGAAGACGAUGGACACUUUGUUUUUUCUUCGAAUAUAGAAUGGGACGACGAAUUCCAAGAAGAUGCACUACCUUACGGAGAGGAAGACGAGGACGAGGGGCCUCCACCGUCCUUAGAAGCCAUGCAUCAAAAGGCGCAACAGAUGGCUGCCCAGCACAAUGCCGGACAAGGAGCUCCCACUCGAGGGAUCGAAGAGCUCGAUGAGUUGAUUCGUAAGAAAGAAGAAGAAAUAAAAAAAGCUAUUCGACUGCUCAAUGACGAGGAGAGACAACAGAUAUAUCUGAGCCCGGACUUCAGAACCUUCAUGGAUCGCUCGUGUCGAAUCAUGGAGAGGGCUCUCACCGAAGACGUCGAUAUCUUCACGGAUUACACUGGUGCCGGCGAAGAAACAGAAGCCGAGGACAAAUCGCGGAUGAAACUCUCGAAAUGCCGCGUUUUCUACGAUGAUCAGUGGUGUCGCAAUAAAUUGGUCACCAGUUUCGACUGGAGUAGCCAGUUCCCGGAACUCUUCGCCGCUUCUUACACUCCGAUAGACGACCGCCAGGAUUCCGAGGGUUUGGUCAUGGUGUGGAACAUGAAAUUCAAGAAAGACACUCCGGAGUACACCUUCCGUAGUCAAUCCGGCGUCAUGUCUACUUGCUUCGCCAAAUUCCAUCCCAACCUCGUGAUCGGGGGUCUGUAUUCCGGGCAAAUAGUUGUUUGGGACAAUCGCUCUCACAAGAAGACGCCCGUGCAGAGGUCUCCUUUAAGCGCGCAAAGCCACACGCAUCCCGUGUAUUCUAUACAGGUGGUCGGUACCCAGAACGCUCACAAUUUGGUGACGAUCUCGACAGACGGGAAAUUCUGUUCGUGGUCCCUGGAUAUGCUUUCGCAACCCCAGGACAUGAUGGACCUCAAUCAAGCGAAGCAGACGAAACCCGCCGCUGUAACUUGCAUGUCGUUCCCGAACGGAGAAUACAAUCACUUUGUGAUCGGCUCCGAAGGGGGCACGGUGUACUCAGCCUGCCGUCACGGUACGAAGGCCGGGAUCAACGAAGCCUUCGAUGGCCACCAAGGCCCCGUGACCGGCAUCGAGCACAACGGCACCAUAGGCCCUAUUGACUUUUCUCAUUUGUUCCUAACAUCAUCUUUCGACUGGACCGUAAAACUCUGGAGUCUGAAAGAAUCGAAGCCAAUUUAUUCGUUCGAAAACAACUCCGACUACAUCUACGACGUCGGAUGGUCUCCCUACAACCCAGCUGUCUUCGCCACAGUGGAUGGGACAGGUCGUUUGGACCUGUGGAAUCUCAAUAUCGAUUCGGAGCAGCCCACCGUUUCUGAGAUCAUCGAAGCUCCGUCGCCGAAAGACGAGCCUCCCGCGCUCAACAGACUCGUCUGGUCCCAGACUGGUCAUCAGAUCGUUGUGGGAGACGACGGAGGACGGUGUCACGUUUACGAGGUCGGAGAUCAACUUGCCAUGCCCAAGCCGGAUGAAUGGAACAAGCUGGUUAGAACAAUACAGGAUUUGAAGAAUAACCAGGCGGACGAAGAGAUCAACGUCAAGAGUCUAUCAUGAGGACCAAGUUGGAAUCUUAAAGGAUUUGGGAAUCAAUAUCACGUCUGUUUCCAAGCAUUCCCCGAGUCUCUGGAAAUGAGCCAACAUCUGAAGAGAGGGAUACUUGUUUACACAUAUAUAUAUUUAUUUAUAAAUCACGUGAAA